AUGGGGAUGGAAGUCAAAACGCCAGGGGAGCUGGGACGUAUUGCCGGCGUAAUUCUCGGCGAAACAGGCGAACGAGAAUCAAGGCCAUAUGGGCAGAUAGCCGAUCAGCCAGUCAAUCAGUUCGAAAUCGAGUCACAGCGCAGGAAAACUGCGCAGAAACGAAGUCUCUCGGGCGAGAUAAUGCAUCAUGCCUCCGCCACAACCGGUCAGGCGGUGAUAACCGCACUGCUCACUGGUCACACUCAGUGUAUCACCGCUUCUCGCACGACUGACCGGUUGUUGCGCAAUCCAAUGUGGCCAGCCCCACUCGGAUUCGCUCCUGGAACAUCCUGGGCCGCUUUCCGUCGGCCGUCACAUUCUGUCGUCUUGGCUGGGAAUGAAGGAGGGCCGCAGGGCGAAGGGGAGUCGGGGGGAAGGACUGUCUCUUCCAGUUUGGUUCAUCGAGGGAAGACAAAACCAGCGUUGCUGGUGAUGGAGGAAGAGAGCGACCUUAUAUUCAAACGCGCAGAUGACGGGAUUGGGUGGUCUUGGCGCAAUUGCGUGAUCGCCUUGAGGAAUGAGGUGAUGCUCUCCGGCCUGAUUUGGCAGGCUGCCAUCUAUACUAGCCAUGUAUACGGAGUACCCAUUUCUAUCGAUAGCCGAUAA